AUGGCUCGCCUCUCAAACUCCGCCAUCAUCGUCAUCGUCCUGGUCGGCUGCCUGGCCGUCACCGCGCUCGGAGCAGCCCUCUUCCAAAAGUACAACCCCGCCGACAAUGAUUCGCGAUACAGUCCGCCCUAUGAGCAGGGCCAGUACAUGCGCACAGUGCGAAUGCGCAAUUAUGGGCAUCUGAAACAGGAGUCGUUGGAGGGCAGGGAUAUCGAGUCACGCUUAACCCCAAUGUCGGGCUACUAUCAAUCCCCAGUAGAACGACAGUGA